AAUGGACCGCGUGGGAGGGAACCCCUCAAGCCGUCUUCACUCCGCCUCCAACCUCCAAGCACCCAGCAGAAUAAAACUCAGCAUGGGUGGCGGAUUGGUUGUGCUUCAUUUCUUGCAUUGUUGAAUGUUCUUUGGCCGACAUUUUUCAAUCUGAUCAUGGCUGCGAAGAAGCUCGUCUCGCCACUUGGUGAAGACGCUCAUCCGCGCAUCUGGAACCCCUCAGCCUUACGAGCAUUGACUUCUUCCCCCCGCCUUAGCCUGAGCCGCUCCAGAAGGGAUUCGUGUUCUACGACAAGCUCAAGCUCAACGUCUUCGAUUGUGUCGAGCUCGAGGGCGUCAUGUGUCACUCGUCACACACCUCAUGAUGAGUGCGCUGUGCAUAGAUUCAUCGUGUGGGCUGCCAUUCAGCGAAAUACUUGCGAAAAGAUGUCGCCGAUUGAGAAACUCGAAUGUCCUCUGCUUCGCUGCAGAAAGCGGUUUCCGGAUCAUGAGCUGAUGUUGAAGCACCUCUACACCUGCGACCUUUUGUCCUCUGGAGAAUACUGGUGCUAUGAAUGCGAGAAGCCAGAAAGAUUCACAGAUGGCAAGUGCAAGCGGUGCCUUGGUCACCCCGGGAAACGUCGCAAAAUACUCAAGAUCGCGAAGAACUUCUUCUCGACCAUUGGCCACAAGUCUAGGAAAGAGGGCGCUUCCGACCUCGAUCUCGUCGCCACCACCGACCUCCCGCCCCCGAGCUAUGGCUCCUUGCACGUUCGGCCCCAGCAGAUCGAGCUGUCAUGCGCUACCGAGAUCGUUGAGAUUGAUUCUGUCGAAAUUUCAGCAACCCGGGCUCCCCCAAAUGCAUCCUCACUGCUUGACCCAAGCUGCGGCCCUGGACUGCAUGAUUUCAUCCAUACCUAG